AUGUUUACCUUUGGAUGGGAAGGAGUAGCACAUGAUGCACGAGUUCUUACAGAGAUUGUAUCUAAUCCAGAAAAUGGCCUUCCAUUUCCUCCUUCUAAUAAGUACUAUCUAUGUGAUGCGGCAUAUCCAAACACUCGAGGAUUUCUAGCACCGUACCAUAAUGUUCGAUAUUGGUUAGGAGAUUAUCAGCGUAAGAGGGCCAUAAAUAAGGAGGAAAAGUUUAAUCGUGCUCAUGCACAACUCAGAAAUGUUAUUGAACGUGCUUAUGGAGUUCUAAAAGCAAGAUUUCCGAUAUUGGAUAAGAUGCCUCCAUAUUCUAUUGAUGUCCAGAGAGAUGUUGUUGUUGCAUGUUUUGCAGUUCAUAAUUUUAUCAGGAAGGAGCGUAUAAAUGAUGAACUGUUUAAUCAAUACGAUUCACCUCAGUUAAUAUUUGACGAGGAAGAAGGAGAAUAGGAAGAAGUGUUGGAUGAAACAAGUGGACCCAGUUGGACAACUGAAGAUUCGCAGAUAAUGCACAAUAUGCGUGAACAACUUGCACUUCAACUAAUGCAAAGAAGAGGAAAUACUUGAGAGUUUUAUAUUUUCAUUAUUUGAAAUACUUCUAGUGUUUGAACCUUAGAAUUUGAUCUGAUGUAGUUAAUUAUUUGAAUUAUCUUAUACUUGAGUGUUUGAAAUGGAACGAGAUUAUGUUUAGCUGGAUGAUUUUUUUUGCUAACAAAUUAACGUUGCAUUCUGGAAAAAA